AUGCCAAACGCAGGUGACGCACCACCGAUUCUUGACUUCUCGAGUUUCUAUCAGAACGAUCCUGCUGCAAAGAAGAAGCUUGUGGAGGAUGUCAAGAAGUGCUGCUUGCACAAUGGCUUCUUCCAAAUUACAGGGCACAAAGUCCCUCUAGAGCUGCAGAACAAGAUUAUGGGCUGGAAUAAGAAGUUCUUCGACCUUGAGCUGGAGCAGAAGAACACGGUGAACAAGGACACAACAAAUACGUGGAAUCGCGGAUACGAGCUGAUGAAGUCGCAAAUCCUCGAAGAAGGUACGCUACCCGAGUUGAAAGAAGGAUUUUACAUUGGCGACGAAAUCACAAAGGACCAUCCGUACUUCGUCAACAAGAAGCUCAACUCUGGUCCUAACAUGUGGCCGUCGAAAGAGAUCGUCCCAGAUGUAGACGAUUUCAAAAACACAGCGCUUGACUACUACGGUCAGGUCGUUGACCUUGCGAAGGAUAUCCUCAAGGUCUUGGCCUUGACAUUGGAUCUUGAAGAGAGUUGGUUCGAUGAUUACAGCAGCGGUGCUGUUGCCACAAUGCGCCUUCUGCACUACCCUUCACAGCCCGCAGACAGCCCGUCAAAGCUGACGCGAGGCAUCGGUGCACACACAGAUUUUGGCUGUGUCACGAUCCUUCUGCAAGGCGACGUUGCAGGCCUUCAAGUAUACGACUACUCCACAAAAGAAUGGCUCGAUGUCACGCCCACACCUGGCGCCUUCGUCGUGAACCUCGGCAAUCUGAUGAUGCGCUGGUCGAACGACAGAUAUAUCUCCAACCUGCACCGUGUCAUCAACAAGAGUGGUCAGGAGCGCUACAGUAUUCCCGUUUUCUUCUCUGGCAACCCGGACUACGAAGUCAGGUGUCUACCGAACUGCAGGAAAGAGGGCGAGGAGCCGAAGUGGCCACCGAUCACGGUCGAGCAGGCGAUCAAGAACGGGUAUGCAGACUCAUAUGGAAGGGCGGAGAAGUACAAAAAGGAAGCAGCGGCCAAGGCGGCAGGAGAGGUGCUGGUCAAGCCAGGGCAGCAGAUUGCUGUUGCGUAG